AAUCCGACAAACACCACGACGCCGAAACCCUGCAGCAGGCCUGUCCGGAGCGCCUUAGACGGGUUGAAAUAAGCAUCCACCAUGGUUCUCGCAAGCAAGCUCGAUCGCAAUUUGCGAGCGGCGGAAGAGAGCUCGGAUGGCGAAGACUACUACGAAGUCACCGACCGGUCUUCCUCUGCAUCUGUAAUUGAUGCAGACGAGGGCGGCAACGUCAUCAGCUCCGAUGAAGAGGACGCGGGUUCCGAAGACAUGUCAGAUGUGGACGACAAUCAAGUAAAGGCGCAAAUGAGCAAAGUCUCGUUCGGCGCAUUAGCCAAGGCACAAGACGCGCUCUCGCAGCAGUCGUCGGACAGAAAGCGGAAGCGAGGCGACGACACAUCGAAAUCACAGGAGGACAAGCUGGAGGCAUUGAGGGAGCGCUUGCGGCAGAUCAAGGCUGAGAAGCUUGCAAGCGGUGCUCAGCCUAGCAAAAAAGCCAAAUCGUCAAGCAAGUCCAAGACAAAAGCCGUUGCGAACGAGACUGGAGGCGACCGGGACGCUAGUGACGACGACUCUGAUUCCGAUGCUGCCCCCCAUGCGCGCUCGAGCAAACAUGCACCUGCCGUCCAAUCCAGCAAGCGAAUGGUAUCGCGCAAGCGCAAUGUAGUUGAAGUCAAGAAGCCCGUGUUCCGAGACCCACGAUUCGACAGUGUAACUGGACCUCGGCCAGACGAGCACGUAGUGAGCGAGCGCUACUCUUUCCUCAACGACUACCGUGCUUCUGAAAUUUCCGAACUGCGCAACACUAUCAAGAAGACCAAGAACGAAGAUGAAAAGGAGCGACUGAAGAAGAAGCUGAUGUCUAUGGAGUCGCAGCAAAAGGCUCGGGACUACAAGGACAAGCUGCAGGAGGUUGCACGAGAGCACAAGAAGAAGGAAAAGGAACUAGUCAAGGAGGGCAAGAAGCCCUUCUUCUUGAAGAAGUCCGAACAAAAGAAGAUUGCUUUGGUCGAGCGUUUCCAGAACAUGAAGUCGAAGCAGCGCGACAAGGUCAUCGAACGCCGGCGCAAGAAGGUCACUGCCAAGGAAAGGAGGAAUAUGCCCGACACACGACGCACUACUUAAUGUCCGUGUGGCGCAUUCACGAGUGCACUUUGGUAGGAUUAUUC